AUGGCGACCUCCACAGGCGCUGAGGAUGACCGCGCUCGGCGGAAGAUCGUGGGAAUCAAUCGCGAGACUGUCACCAAUAUUACUUCAACCGACUUUCCAGGUCACCAUGUCGGCGAAGACCAUACCUGGUCGCUGCAAAAGUUCAAGGAUGGUCUGAACGUCGAGUUCCACCAGAAUGAGCAGACCGAAGCCUCAUUCUCUGUCAUCGGCAUCGACGCAUCCAUCGCCAAUGCUUUUCGUCGCAUCCUACUCGCCGAAAUCCCAACGCUGGCCAUCGAGAAUGUCUAUGUGCUCAUUCCUUUGACCGGCGCUCUUGAGGGUAUGAAAUGGCUCAAGUGGUAUAUCGCGCCCAACGCCGAGCAGAACUUCAAAGGUAUGGAACGCUCAGACUACAACACUAUCGUGUUCCACCUGCAGGCAAAAUGCACACCGAAUCCAGACGCACCGCCGGACGCCACCGACCCAGGCGUGAAGCAUAUCAAUGGGCAUGUGUACUCGUCGCAAAUCGAGUGGCAGCCACAAGGACGGCAGGUUGAGCACUUCAAGGAUGGUCCUAUCCGUCCAGUUUCGGAGAGGAUCCUAAUUGCCAAGAUGCGUCCAGGACAAGAGCUGGACGUAACUAUGCACGCUCACCUGGGCGUCGGCAAAGAUCACGCCAAGUUCUCACCCGUCGCCACCGCAACGUAUCGCCUGCUACCCACGAUCCAGAUCACGAAGCCCAUCCUAGGCGCAGACGCAGUCAAAUUUCAGCAAUGCUUUUCCAAAGGUGUCAUUGAUCUGGAACGAGUCACUGCCUCGGACGCGGCUUCGUCUAAUAAAGCCUAUGAAGGCAGAGAAGGCGAUGAGAAAGCCGUCGUCAAGAACCCGUUCAACGACACCGUCUCGAGGGAAUGCUUGAGACACGAUGAGUUCAAGGGCAAGGUCAAGCUGGGCAGACAGCAGGAUCACUUCAUCUUCAACAUCGAAAGCACCGGACAGUUCCCGAGCGAUACACUGUUCCUGGAUUCCGUUGCAGUGCUUAAGCUAAAGGCGCAGAGACUACUUCAGGCUAUCGACGAAAUGAACUCAUGA